AGACAAAAAGUAUGGUCGAAGAAAUAUGUCAUAUUUGCAACGACAAAUCAACUGGUAAACACUACGGGGCAAUCAGUUGUGAUGGAUGUAAAGGAUUCUUUCGACGAAGUAUUCGCAAACGAUAUCAUUAUCAAUGCAGAUUUGAACAAAAUUGUGAUGUUACCAAAAAUAAACGGAACGCAUGUCGAGCAUGUAGACUUCAAAAAUGUGUAAAAGCGGGAAUGAAGAGUAAUGCAAUUCAAAAUGAACGGGAUGCAAUUGGAAAACGGAAAAAGACUACGGGAGCUGAAAAAGAAGAUUUGAUAGAUCAACUUGUUGCCGCAGAAACAUUAUGUCAGCAAUUAAGGUCCAGUGUAAUCAAGAAUACAUCUUCACUUGCACCAUACGACUGUGGAAAAGUUAAAUGGAAUUAUGAAGAUGCGAGAGCUGCCACAUUGGAUGAUAUUGGAAAAUCGAUUCAUCAACAAUUGGUUCUUUUUAUCGAAUGGGCGAAGUCAUUACCUCAAUUCUCGUUUUUGGCUCAAGCAGAUCAGGCAGCUCUUCUCAAAGGCGGUGCCGCGUCAAUAAUUGUACUUGGAGUAGCAUAUCGAUCGAUUUGUCUGACAGUUGAAAAUACAAUUUGCCUUGCAAAUGACACACUUCUUCCAAAAGAACAUGCAACACAAGUGGGAGAUAUCAAUUGUGUCGUCGGACGAAUUAUUGAUGAAAUUGUGAAUCCAAUGAGGAGGUUAAAUAUGGAUUUAAUUGAAUAUGUUGCACUGAAAGCUAUUCUGUUUUUCAAUCCAGUCGUCAGAGAAAUCAACGAUCAGAGUCCGGUGGAGAACGCCCGAUAUGCUUUUUUGAGGUCAUUGCAGAGAAGGUGUACUGACAAGGCACUUGAAAAUAUGGAAGACGAAUCAAUGGAUUGCAGAAGUGGAAAGCUUUUGUUAUUACUUCCAUCACUUCAGGCUAUUGCUCAACAAUUGGUAGAAGAUGUCCAACUUGCUCGUUUGUUCGGUCUCGUGAAUGUCGAUUCGUUAAUGGAAGAACUUAUUCUAAAUGAUAUGAAACCUUCAGAUCCACAGAUAUUACAAACGAGUCUGGCAUCACCGGUGAACUCGUCCGUUAAAGCAGAAGUUGAAUUGGAAGAAUAGUUUCCAAUUUUCCAAUAUUUUAUAUUCAAGAGACCAUAAUCUCAUCUUGCCUCCCUUCCUGCUCAAACCAUCUAAAUACUUCCAAACUUUGACUUCUAGAAAUCGGGUCCCAACGGACACAUUACUUACCUGCUCAAACCACCUCAUUGUUUCCUUUUUCUAUGUUGGUUUUAUUAUUAUUUUAAUAAUUAUUAUUUCAUGUCAUGC